AUGGAGGGAGGAACAAUGGAAAACUCAGACACAUUGGACAGAUCGGAGGACGAGAUAGCAUUGCAAGGAUUUUGUAGUCCCAAACGGCCGCCCUACCGAUUUUUGGGACUGGCACUAAUGUGUCUUCUUGGAUUCGGAUCUUAUUUUUGCUUUGAUAAUCCUGGAGCAUUGCAGGACAAUUUUAAAACUGACUUACAUAUGUCGACUAGCAAAUUUGUUUUGCUGUAUUCUAUUUAUUCCUGGCCAAAUGUGAUCCUCUGUUUUAUCGGUGGAUUUUUAUUGGACAGUGUGUUUGGAAUUCGGCUAGGUACUGUUAUAUAUAUGGGACUCACACUGAUUGGCCAAGUGGUUUUCGCAUCCGGUGCUAUUUUCGAUUCCUUUUGGCUGAUGAUGUUUGGUCGAUUCAUCUUUGGAAUCGGCGCUGAGUCAUUAGCAGUCGCCCAGAACAGUUAUGCUGUUCUGUGGUUCAAAGGUAAAGAACUGAACAUGGUGUUCGGGCUACAGUUGAGCUUCGCACGAGUGGGAUCAACUGUAAACUUCUUAGUAAUGGAGCCGAUAUACAAUUAUGUAUCUCAAUACUACAAAGGCCCAGAAUGUAUCGGCGUAGUCCUCUUUCUGGCUGCUGGCACGUGUGUGAUGUCGAUGAUAUGCGCUUGCUUGUUAGGCUUGAUGGACAAACGAGCUGAAAGACUACUCAGACGUGGAGAAGGAAGCGAAAUGCAAGCCGUUAGUCUAACAGACGUCAAAGAUUUCAAGAUGAUCUUCUGGUUGGUCGCAAUCAUCUGUAUCGCUUAUUACGUCGCAAUAUUCCCUUUUGUUGCUUUGGGCAAAGUAUUCUUUGAGCGAAAAUAUGAGUACGACCCAUCUGCGGCGAAUACAGUGAAUUCUCUCGUGUACUCUAUAUCGGCGAUAGCAUCGCCCCUUUUAGGCUAUUUAGUAGAUAAAACUGGAAAAAACGUGACAUGGGUGUUUCUCAGUAUUUGUGCUACUAUAGUUGCACACGGCAUGCUCGCGUUUACCUACGUGAAUCCAUAUGUAUGCAUGGUUCUCAUGGGAUUAGCGUAUUCCAUGCUCGCCAGCAGUUUGUGGCCGUUGAUUGCUCUCGUUACACCGGAGUAUCAACUCGGCACUGCGUAUGGAAUAGCGCAAGCUGUACAAAAUUUAGGUCUCGCUAUAGUUGCGAUUUUAGCUGGCAUAAUCGUCGACAAGGGGGGAUAUUUAAUGCUCGAGAUGUUCUUCCUCGGUUGGCUCUGGGUUUCGCUGAUAACCGCCGCCGCAAUCUGGGUAUCGGACAUAGCAACGAGCGGUGGUUAUCUCAACAUGACUCCUGGACAGAGAGAACGAUACGAAGCGAUCCGCUGCACGCCCGAAAGUCUGGAGCGAGAGAAACUGUUGCCGGAAUGCUCAGGGGAUCUCUCGGCGGAUGAGCUUAUGCAACCGCAGUCUGACAUCAGUAUACGGAAUCGGUACUUGUCACGCAUUGGCGCGAUGGUACCGCCACAUGUGAAAACGCCGAUUCAUCGACCAUUACGAUGAUACGUUAGAUCUAGCUGCGAAUUUGCGAAACAAAUAGGUGUUUAAACGACAAAAAUCUCUUAAAUCUCGUUGAGGCAUUUGCUCACUGUGUCUUCCUACUACACAGCUUGAUCUGUGAUAAUUUCGUAAUGCAAUUCCAUAUAGAAUUUCGUUUUGAACAGCUGAUUAACUAGAAUCAUGAUUAGUAGAGUUGAUAUUUUUUAUUAAUAAAAGUGUAUAAGCUGUAUAAUAUAUAUCAACUGUUGACAUGGUAGAGUUAUAGCAUCUCUUUGAUAAUCCUGAUUGAUAUUGGACUGUAAUAUUUCAAAUUGAUGUUGCUUUUCACAAUCGCUUUGCAUUUGUUUAUAAAUGCUGGUCGUGAAUCGUCACCUAUAUUUGAUUGAAAAAAAUCAAAUGUUGCAAGGGACUACUUGUUAAUGUGUAAAAUGUAAGUAAUGUGUGAUAGAUGUCGAUGUAAUCUUGUAAUAAAUGAAUGUUCGGUCUAAUGGUU